AUGAGUGAAACACCUUCAACGAGUUACUCAGUGAAUCAGCCAAACUCCUCCGAGAGUGAACAGAGUUUAUCCACACGCCAUGUCAAUGUUACUGAACCUGUUGUGGCAAAGCGGAUUUGCUUCUAUAAAAGUGGAGAUCCUCAGUUUAAUGGGAUCAAAAUGGUCAUUAAUAACCGGUCUUACAAAACAUUUGAUGCCUUGUUGGACAGUUUAUCCAAACGGGUCCCAUUGCCUUUUGGAGUAAGGAAUAUUAGUACACCAAAAGGGAGGCACAGCAUCACCAAUUUGGAGGAUCUUGAAGAUGGAAAAUCUUAUAUUUGCUCCCAUCAGAGGAAAAUGAAGCCCAUCAACCUGGAACAGGCUAGCAAAAAGCCACUGCCCUGGCAGAUCAGUAGGCCUAUCAGUGCUCAUGGAUUUGGCCAUCGAGAAAGUAGAAUAACAACUCCCAAAAAGAUGUUAGUUUUCAAAAAUGGAGAUGUAAGACUUAGACGCACCAUAGUUCUGGGAAAGAAAAAUACACAAACCUUUGAGGCCUUUCUGGAUUAUAUGAGUGAGUUAAUGCAAUAUCCAGUCGCAAAACUAUAUACCACUGAUGGCAGAAAGGUUCCUAAUCUUCAGGCCCUGAUACUGUGCUCUGGAGCUGUUGUCGCAGCGGGGAGAGAGCCUUUUAAACCAAGCAAUUAUGAUUCUCUUGGGUAUUCACGGCCUGCUAAAUUGCUUGGAAUUGCAAAUCGUGUGUACCCAAAAGCAAUUGCCAAGACAGAAAGAGAAAAUAUGAGAGCUGAAAUGGGCUCUAGCUCAAGAUCUCAGAUAUUCUCAGUUUCUUCUGAUAAAGGGUCCAGCAAUUAUAACAACUCAAAUGAUAACAGCUCAGAUUCUUCCUAUGUUCCUGACAGUCAUAAUGGUACAGGAGGAAAUCAGUCAGUUACUGGUGAAGAAUUAUCUGUGGCACAGUAUGAAGAUGACAUUGAGAAAUCCGUUCACCUUAACCAAGAUGGCAGUAUCACAGUGGAAAUGAAAGUUCGAUUCAAAAUUAAAGAAGAAGAAACCAUUAAAUGGACAACAACUGUAAGUCGUGCUGGCCUUUCUGAUGACAAGAAUAUCGCCAUCUGCAAUUCUGCGAUGCAUGCAGAAGACUGCUUAUCCAAUGUAAAUGUAUCAGAACAUAUAAAUGCAAAAGAUGUCUCAUUUUUGAAAAGCUACAAUAAAGAAGAGGGAGACUCAUUACAGCAAUUCAAUGCAGAAGUGUCAGACAAAGAAUCAGAGUCUGAUUUAAAAACUGCUGGUUUUAUUGUCUGUAAAAAGAACAAUUCUGCAGAUCUAGAUGUAAGCAAUGUACCUGAGGAUAAUAUAAGGGCUCGUUUUUAUAGGCCUCCCACCCCUGGGCCAAGGUGUGUUAGACAAAAGAAAGCAGUAGUUGAAAGUGUCACUUUGGUAUCUGAGAAAGAGAUUCAGGAGAAGACAAUAGGACAGUUUUCCUACAGUGAAGAAAUACAGAACGGAGAAAAUAAAUCUGAGUAUUGCAUGGUAGCUCAUUCAAGCAGAAAAAAGUCAAGUGUCAGUAAUCCAAAGUUUAGUGAGAUGAGUGACAAUGAUUUAUUAAAACUUUCUUCAGAGAAUAUAAAAGAAGAAAUGCUUUUUAAAGUAAGCCACAAAACUAAUGAUUUAAUGGAAACAACAAAUAGGAAGACAUUAGAAGUGCCUGAUGAGGAUGAAUUGGUACAGAAUAUAUUAGAGAAAUCAGUUGUGGAACAAGGUACAUAUAAUAGUUUAGUAUCAACUUGCAAAGCUAACAUUAGUGGUUCCAUACCAUCAUCAAAAAUUUACCAGGGAGCUAUAGCAGACCACAUCCAUGAGUCAUGUAAUAUUAGACAAAUAAAGAGAUCACUGAGUUCUUUUAUUAGAUACUCAGAAUUAUGUCAGUCAAAAGAAGAAACAAGAUACAAAGCUAUUUCUCAAGAUUCAGUGCAUUCAGCCUGUCCUAGACAUAGCAAGAUGAAGGUGACAAUGCCUCUAUGUAGUAAAGCUCCUACUGAGAAAAUAAACCCAACAACUGGAUUCUUUCCUACUGCUACUGAAAGUGAGAAUCAAAUCAGUGUCAGGACUGAAUCUGUGAUGGCAACACAUCUCAACGAUGACAGCCAGUCUGCAUGUUCCCUCACCAAAAAGAAGAGGAAGAGAAAAUCGUCUAACUUUCUAAAGCAAGGUACAUAUGAAAGUCAAAAAGAUAAAGAGAUUUCAGGUAUAACGGAAAGUGAAGGAAUGCAUAUCACAAGCAAAACCACACAGGAUUCCACAACAGAGGCUAUGGAUAAUUAUUCUGAAAUGCCUCAGAAAAAAAGAACUGAAUUUUUCAUAAAAAGCAAUGAUAUGUCUGCCAAUUCAGACAAAAGCUUAUGUCCUGGAGAUGAGUUCUAUCACCAGGAUUCAGUGGAACAAAAUGGAUUAUUAUCUGAUAAGAAACCAAGAAGUAAUAACAACAAGUUGGGCAUGAAAGAGAAAAAGCUAAAAGGGCUGAAGAAAAAACUAAGAAAAGGUGCAAGUCAGUUAAAUAUCUCAGACAAAGCCAUUACACCAGAGUCUCUAAACCAGGAGGAUUUUCAAGAGAAGGAUGUCGAACACUCAGUUGAAGACUAUGUUCAAACUUGGCUGAAAAACUUCUUACCAAAUUCUGUCCUCCCCCCUAUAAAUAAAAAAGAAGGGAAUGUAGAGAGUAGCAAUGUCUGUCAUUUUCCUGAAGAAAAUACUGAUGCUUCUACAGAUAAGGAAACAAGAUUUAUGACAAAUAAAGUGCACGUGACUGGAAAAAACCAUCUGGUUGAACAUAAUCUAACCAAAAAAACAUUAAAGCCUAUUUCUGAAUUGGGAAUUGUAAAAGAAUCAGCCAAGGAUUCAGGUGAAAACCAAACGGACUCUUUGAUUCAUGAGAAUACAUCUAUAGUAGAAGCAGCCAAUAAUUCAAUAAAGUCUGAAUUUCAUCAUGAUGGUAAGCUACACUUGUUUCAUGAAACACAUGACACUGUUAAAAAAAUGUCAGAAGCUGAUAUUCAAGAUACCAACCUAUGUCAAAGAAAAAAAUCUGAAGUUGCUGUUCAAGUUGAUUACACAAUUGUCAAUGAGAAAAUGGCCAUUGAUGUUCAGAACAAUUGCAUGUCUAGCAUGUUGCUGCAUGAACUACAAUCAACUUUGCUUGGUCUCCAGAAAGAACAUAGUGGAUGUAUAGGAAAAGCUUGCUGCCUUUCAGGUCUUUCUCCUUCAUCUUUUGGUUCUUCCUCCAAUGUCCUCCUAGCUUGGCUACUUGUACUGAAUCUGAGAGAGAGUUUGAUUGGGACAAUUAAAGAUGAUAUGCAAAAAACUACCUGUAGCUGUUCUGAAAUAUUUGCACAAUUACAAUUUCUGAAACAAACUACAGUAAUAGAAAAAGUUGAUGAACUGAAAGCUGCCUUCUCACAUUUUCAACAAUCGACAGAAAAUAACUUAUUACACUUCGAGAAGGAGCUCAGAAAGCAGGACUCCACACACUGCCAUGAGAAUAUACCCAUACCUGAAAUUCAUAAUGAUCUACAUUUACAUGAAAAUGCAAAAUCAGUUACGUCUUAUAUUCUAAAGGACAGUGCGAAUUCUGAAGAAGUUCUAAAAUUGACUGAUGAAUCAGAAAGCUGUUUUGAUAUACAAAAAGAUCUUAGUGGAGAAGCAGAUACUUUAGACUUGAGUGCUCCCGAAACACAGCUAGAUGGUCAAUACGCCAGUAGUACCUCAAAUACUUGUAGCCUUGCAUCAGCUAUAGAGCCAUCUGAAAGGAAUGAAGAAAUGCCUGAUAGCCCAUAUAAAAACUCUCAAUAUAGAAACACCGAUACAUCAUUCACUAAUGAAGAGUCAGAAACUUCAGUAGAACCUUACUCAACAGUUCAUAGUGUAACUUCUAAUGAUAAAAAUAAUAUUUUAGAUCAGGACACUUCUGAGUUAGAAGUCGAAAAAGAUACACGUUUUACUACCGAUAAAAGUGAAGAUGAGAAAGUUGAACUAAAGCCAGAAAGUAAUGACAAAAAAACAAAUAACCAUCUUAAACUAGCUGCUGAAACCUCUGUAGAAUAUAACAAUGAGAAUUAUUCUGUACAGGAAGACAAGGAAGAUGCAGAAACUUCCGAGGAAACCUCUGAAAGGUUAGCUACAGUCUCUCCAUUAUCAUUUUGUUAUGAAUCAAAGCAAAUUACAGAAUGUAAUAUUAGUGAAGGAGAACAGAAAUUGCAAGUAGAAGAACUGGAGAAUAAAGUAUGUUCAGACACUUCUGAAUUUAAAAAAUGCUUAAAAAGUCCUGCUACUUCAGACUGGUCCGAUUACAGACCAGACACUGAAGAGAGUGACGAUAACCAUAGAGCAUCCAGUGAUUUGACCAAUGAAAGCGGGGAGGAAGCAGUACUUGAAAAACAUUAUAAUAAUGGCUAUGUAAAAAGAACUAUUGAACGACUUUAUGGCAAGACAGAAGCUUCAUUUAAGCCUGGCUUUCACAAAAGAUUUCCUUAUAUGUCAAAAGUAUUUCCAAAGGAUACUGAAGAAUUCCACUCUUCAGUGGUGGAAAAAACCAUUUAUUUUUCACAAGAACGUAGGUCUUGUUCUGCAGAGAAGUCAUCACAUUCUUCUCUACCAUCACAAGAAUUUCCAGUAAACAUAAACAAACACAAUGCUACAUCAAGAAGAGAAAAUACUUCUUUGCCAACUCCACAACCUCCUCUUUACAGAGAAGAGGCAAGUCAUACUAAUGACCAUUCAGGGAAAUCUCCAAAGCAAUACUGUCAACCUAGUGUACAAGCUAAUGAAGAUGAAGGAAUAUUGAUAGAUAAAGGCAAAUGGCUUCUCAAAGAAAAUCAUUUGAUAAGAAGAUCACCACCUGAAAGGGUUGGAAUGUAUGGUAAUUUGGAUACAACAUCAACAGACACAGUCCUUGAUAAUAACAGUGAUGAUGUUCCAUACUCGCACUUUGGCAAUCUGAAUCAGUACCCAGACCUCAAUGAAAUCUCUUCUUCAGAACUUGAAGAAAUGGCUAAACCUCCUGAAAAUUUUUGCAACUACUUCAAUAUACCUCAUAAUAGUGAUUCAGACCCCUUUCAGGAUGACUUAAGUACGAAAAGCAAACCUAGCUGCAAUGGUAAGAUUACUUCCCUUCCUGCAGCUAAUAAAGAAAAGAUCAAAUCAGCAGUCAUGGUAGGUUCUACUUCCACACAUAUUUCCUCACAGACUGAUACCAAUUUUCCAGAAUUUAGAUUGCCCGAUAACAAGGUGCAUCCAUUGGAACAACCUUCAGGUGAACCUGUACAAUCUCAGCCAGCCACUGUUAGUAAUGUCAACAGAAAUGAUCUUCAGGAAGAAGAUUCUUUGGAUAAACUCCAUGCUAUAUGUGGUCAACAUUGUCCAAUACUGAUGGUGAUAGUAACACCAAUUAAUGAGGAACAGAGAGGAUAUGCCUACCAAAAGGCAUCUGAUAUUGAGAACCAGCUGGAUCUGUGUUUGUUGACCAAAAAGAGUGAACAUUUACAAUGGUCAGGCAAAGAUUUAAUAACAGGCAACAACAGCAAUGUUUCUCUGAAGAAUAACUGUAUCAAUAAGAUUGCCAAUAAUAUUUUUAAUAGGUUUUAUGCUAAUAACACCUUAGAUUUUAUUAAUAACUUUGGGAUACUUGCGUCUUCAACUUUGAAAGACACAAGCAGUUUAGGGAAGUUACAUGUUAUAGAAGAUGUGAAUGUAAAACCCGUGGAAGUCAGCAACUGUCAAAACAAUGCAUCUGAACACAUACUGAGUGAUCUUGUAACAGACCCAAAUAUGACUGUCUAUAAAGUGCAUGUGACAACGGGAGAACUGUGGAAUGCUGGAACUGAGGCCGACGUCUAUAUUUCGGUCUACGGAGAAAGAGGUGAUACAGGAUCAAGACAGCUGCUCAGGUCACAGAAACCCAAGAAAUUUCUAAGAGGACAAACUGACAUCUUUGCUGUUGAAGCUGUGCACCUUGGGCAUUUGUACAAGAUUGUUAUAGGACACAAUGGUCUUGGAUCAGGAAAUGGCUGGUUUCUGGACAAAGUUGUAAUCAAGGAUCCUAUAACAGAUCUGGAUUAUAUUUUUCUUUGUCACAGGUGGCUGGACCAGGGACAGGAUGAUGGCAAUAUUGCUAGAGAACUGACUGUGACAGAUGCCAGCACAUUUCCAGGAAGUAAGUGA